AUGGCAAUCAAAUUGGAGAUGUUGCCGCUGCUGCUACUAUCAGUUGGAGCAGCCGUAGUGGCUCAGAUAUUCGCUGAGUAUCCAGCUGGGCCUGUUUUUGCUGGCAUUUUUAGUGUCAGCAUUCUGGUCUAUCUGGUAUACUGGACAUAUAUCUACCCUUUCCACGUCUCUCCUCUUCGCAAGGUUCCAACUGUUCCCGGAUUUCCACUCUGGGGCCAAUUCUUCACCAUCAUCAAAUCUGAAAUCGGCGUGCCGCAAAGAGAAUGGCAUCUCAAGCACGGCCCAAUCAUUCGCUAUUUCUUUCCUUUUGGUGCGGAGCGGCUCUCCAUCGCCGACGACGAUGCUCUGAACCACAUGUGCAUCAAGAACCCAUACAACUUUCCGAAGCCUGAUAGAGCCAAGCAAUGGAUGGUCCGAAUCUUGGGGGAGGGUGUCUUACUCGCCGAGGGUAAUCCACACAAGCAACAGCGCAAAGCCCUAUCUCCAGGCUUCUCAACUCAAUCCAUCAAGGCUUUGACACCUAUCUUCUGGCGAAAAUCCCUGCUCUUGUCUAAGCUCUGGGAGCGAGACAUGCUCGUCGAAAAGACGCGCACCAAAAAAAUUGAAAUCCUAGAAUGGCUCAACAGGACCACUCUGGACAUCAUCGGAGAAGCUGGCUUCGGCACUGACCUCGACUCCCUCGAGCACCCCGAAACCCCGAUCCGUGAAGCCUACCGCCUUGUCUUUGCUUUCGACAUAAGUUCCCGUCUGUUCCACGGGCUCGCCGCCUUCAUUCCGCAGACGAAGUAUCUGCCCGCGAAGAUGAACCGUGAUGUACUUCAAAGCCGCAACAUCAUCAUCAGUAAGGCGAACGACAUUAUACGCCAGAAGCACCAAAAGACGCAUGCCAAAGAUAAAGACAUCAUUGCACUCAUCGUCAAGGAUAACAUGAAGAUGGAAGCCGCGGGCGAGGCUUCUCUAUCCUUCGAUACCAUGCGCGACCAGGUGAUGACUUUCCUUGGCGCCGGCCACGAUACAACGGCAACCGGUGUUGCUUGGACCAUUCAUCUGCUCUCAACGCAUCCCGAAAUUCAGCAGCGUGUCAGAGCAGAGAUCAAGCAACACUACCCCUUCCUCUUCGAUCCAACGACCCGCAGUGACGUCGAGCGCCUUUCAAAGCUUGACGCUGACAAUCUCCAUUACUUGGACAACGUAUGCCGCGAAUCCCUGCGGUACAUUCCGCCUAUCCCCAUGACAGUGCGCCAAUCCAUCGUCGAGGACCAGCUUGGUGGCUUCGAUAUUCCCGCUGGCACAACGGUAUACAUCCACGCCAACGCUAUACAUCGCCUGCCUUCUUUCUGGGGUGACAACGCUAAUACCUUUGACCCCGAUCGGUGGGAUCAUCUUCCUGCUGACCACACGUCCAACGCAUUCAUGACGUUCCUGCAAGGUCCGAGAGGUUGCAUUGGUCGUAAAUUUGCGGAGACGGAGAUGAAGUGUCUCGUCAUCUGUCUUCUGAGUAUGUACAGCUUUGAGCGUGAUAUCACUGUGGACAAUCCUGAGCUGUGGAAGAUGUGGCGGUUGGUUUUGAGACCAAGAGAUGGGAUUAGCUGCAAAGUUAGUGUGUUGGAGGAAGAGGAGAAGGCCGCCGUCCUUGUUUGA